AUGCAUACCUUUCUCGGCACCGCGCUGCUCGCAGUUUUUGGCACCGUUCAAGCUCAGUUUGUCCAGCCAAAAGAUGCCAGAGCUCGCAAUCUGACUGUUAAACACUCACCGGGCGACGUGACUAUUUCUUUCAAGGAGCCCCACGGCGUCUGCAAAACCGCCUUGCCCACGCAGAAGCAGUAUUCGGGAUGGGUUGACAUCCCUGGGGACUAUCCCACCAACCUAUUCUUUUAUUAUGUCGGGGCUCGUAACUCGACCGAUACGUUGACCGUAUGGUUCACUGGGAGGCCAGGUGCGAGCUCCAUGUAUGAGUUUUUUGUCGCAAACGGCCCUUGCGAGGUAGUCGAGAGAGGGCUAAACGAAUACGAAACGGUUGCUCGGGAAUGGGGCUGGGAUCGCGCCUCAAAUAUGCUCUUUAUUGAUCAGCCAAACCAGGUCGGCUUCUCCUAUGAUACGCCCACCGAUGGUACGCUGGCCAUGUUGAAUGGAUCGGUGAUCAUACCGCCAGUCAGUGAUCCUGACGCCAUACCGGCUUGGGGUUUGCUCAACGGCACUUUUAGCAGCGGCAACCCCAAGAAUACGGUGAACAAUACCCAGUCUGCUGCUUACGCUGCUUGGCAUGUCAUACAACGCUUUUACAAUGACGUGCCUCUUGACUCUCCCCGCUCGAAUGCAUCUUUUGGCGUCAAUCUCUUCACCUCAAGCUAUGGCGGUGUAUACGGGCCAAUUUUCGCCGAAACAUGGGAGGCUCAAAAUAAAGAACGAAACCGGCUCAAUGGCAACAUAGAUCCCGAUUCGACGGUCGAUUUGCACAUUAAAUCGCUAGGGAUUGUUAAUGGAUGCAUUGACUUGGUAACCGAGGAACCUCAGUACAUCCACUUUGCGACCAAUAACACAUACGGUGUUCAUCCCUUCUCUAGCAAUGAGACGCAGUCUUUCUUAGACAAGAUUGAAGCGGCCGACGGCUGUAAAGCCCUAGCAACUCGGUGUGGGGACGAUGUUUCAUGGGUUAAUACAACGCACACGGAAAAUCAGCGAAAUAUCGUAUGCUCCCGAGCGGUUGACAAAUGCAACGAAAUGAUUAUACGGUGGGCCCUUAAGGGAAAAGACAGAUACGACGUUGCGGCCCCGGAGUACGGCGCCUUUCCACCGGUUCAAUUUGUCGAUUACCUCAAUCAAGGCAAUAUUCUGGAUGAGAUUGAGUCGCCAGUUAACUUUACCCUAGCAAACGAUAUGGUCUUUAAUCAGUUCCGGGCUACCGGUGACGGAGCCAGGGGCGGUAACAUUGCUCGACUAGCCAAACUCCUCCAGAGUGGCGAUUCGCAUCGGCCUGAUAUACGGUGA